AUGGGCAAAGUGGCCAAAGAUCAGCUUGAUGCUGGGCUGAAGAGCCUCAAUCAUUACUCGAAUAGACUGCCCACUUGGCGUUACUGGCCUCGACAGAAACUCCUCCCUCUAAUUCGAUAUGAGACACCCUAUCUUGCCUGGGUGCAGGAGAAAGUUCGCACCCCAGCUCUUGAUUCCUAUUUUGCCUUUACGGCCAACCUCGGCACCCACACCUUUUUCAUGGUCUUCUUGCCCUUUCUCUUCUGGUGCGGCCAUACUGCCUUAGGUCGUGGACUAGUACACAUUCUGGCUGCUGGAGUUUUCUUCAGUGGAUUCAUUAAGGACUUGCUAUGCCUUCCCCGCCCUCUAUCUCCGCCGCUGCAGCGAAUCACGAUGUCUGGAUCUGCUUCUCUAGAGUAUGGUUUUCCCUCGACGCAUUCCACCAAUGCCGUCUCCGUCGCUGUUUAUGGCCUAGCUCUUCUCAAUGCGCCUGAUUCGACUGUCAACCCUCAAACAAGUCUCAUCUUGCAGGUUGUCACCUAUCUCUACGUCACGUCGAUUGUUCUUGGUCGAUUGUACUGCGGUAUGCACGGUAUGCUGGACUGCAGCAUCGGUUGCAUCCUCGGUGCAUUGAUCGGCUUAGCUCAGUUCCACUACGGCCCUGCAUUCGAUAAUUAUAUCUUGUUCGCCUCUUUGAAGGAAAUUCUCGUCAUUCCCGUUGUCAUUUUGAUACUGGUGCGCAUCCAUCCAGAACCGGCUGACGAUUGUCCUUGCUUCGACGACAGCGUAGCCUUUGCGGGAGUGUCCCUCGGCGUGGAUGUGGGCUCCUGGUACUUUACGCAUUCCGAUCUUGCGUGGUCUGAGCCACUCCCCGGUACAAUCCCAUACAACUAUGAAGGCAUUGGCCUGGCCAAAACCGCUAUUCGCCUAGUGGUCGGGGUGCUGUGUAUCUUUGCUUGGCGAGAAGUCAUGAAGCCCACUAUGCUUCGAAUUCUGCCGCCCAUAUUCCGCAGCCUGGAGAAGCUCGGUCUUUUGUUGCCUCGUAGAUUCUUCAAGACGGCUUCGCAAUACACCACCGUCCCGACUAACCUGAAAGACCAUGAUGUGUUCCCCAACUUUUCUGAAAUCCCUUCUAUGCUCACCACCAUUCGACACCCUCGGCGCAGAGCUAUCUCCAUUGGUCCCCAGUCUGAAGCUGAUGCGUACGAGGUCCUCGCAUACCGAGAGAAACGUCGACGAGAAAGCCUGUCCACCGGCAAUAGUGACACCCCGGCGGAUGGAUCAAACAAGCAAAACGGCCCUCAUGGCCCGUCUAAAAAGGCCUCCAGACUUGAUGAGUACGAGACCAUGAUGGGCACGGGUAGCCCGCAUUCGUCCACUGUGCAAGUGGAUAACAACAAUAUCCCGCGGUCAACACCCCUCCCGCCUCCCAACUUUGGCGCAUCGCAGACUGGAGAGAAAGAGAUGUUCUCCCAGAUCAAACAGCCUCGUGUACGUUAUGAUGUGGAGGUUGUGACCAAGUUGGUCGUCUACUUUGGAAUUCCAUGGGUAGUGAUUAAUGUGGCGCCCCCUGUGUUUGACGUUCUAGGGCUUGGAGUUCCUCUCUAG